AUGAGAGAAUUGAACAACGAAUUCUUCUAUGAGAUGGAAAUGGACGAGCAUAACAGAAUCUGUAGUGUGUUUUGGGCUGAUGCACGCAGUCGUGCAGCUUGUGUAGAUUUUGGUGAUGUCGUCUCAUUCGACACAACCUACCUAACAAACAAAUAUGACAUGCCGUUUGCUCCAUUCGUUGGAGUUAAUCAUCAUGGUCAUUCGAUAUUACUUGGUUGUGCUUUGAUUUCAGCUGAGGACACUUCAACAUUCACAUGGCUAUUUACUUGUUGGCUUAGAUGUAUGUCUAACAAGCCUCCGAUUGGUAUCGUCACAGACCAAUGUAAGGCAAUGUCGAAUGCCAUAAAAGUUGUGUUUCCAACCACAAAUCAUCGUUGGUGCUUGUGGCACAUAAUGAAGAAAAUACCAGAAAAGUUGCAAUCGUACAAAAGUUAUGGACUCAUNAAAAAUCAACUAAAGACUCUUGUGUAUGAGUCAGUUAGUCCNGACGACUUUGAAUUAGGGUGGGGAAAUUUAAUCACAUGUCACGGGUUAGAGAGGAANGAAUGGCUCAGUUCAUUGUUUGAAGAAAGAAAGAGAUGGGUUCCGUGUUAUAUGAAACAUCAAUUUUGGGCAGGAAUGUCAACAACCCAAAGAAGUGAAGGCAUGAACGCNUUUUUCGAUGGAUUUAUAAAUUCAACUACAACACUUCAACAAUUUGUAUUGCAGUACGAAAAUGCCCUACGACAGAAGGCCCAAAAAGAAAAUGAAGCUGAUUUCGCGUCAUUGAAUUCCACAAUNCCAUGUGGAUCUCAAUCUCUUAUUGAAAGACAAUAUCAAAUGGAGUACACACAGGCUAAAUUUGUGGAAGUUCAAAAGGAAUUCAGAUCAAGGAUGAAUUGCUUCAUUAAGAAUAUGUGCACAGAAGGUUGUAGGACUACAUACAAUGUCAAAGAAGAGUUCAUUUGGGAGGGGCAAUGUGGUUCAAAAUUCUAUGUUGUUGAUUAUGAUUCUCUCUCAACCGACAUUCAUUGCAGUUGCAAACUUUUUUAG